AUGAGGUGUGGGUUAAUCAGUUUUCUUGAUUUUAAUUUUGUCCAGUCUAAAUACAUUUCUGUAAUGCUCUUUAUUUGUGCAGAAAAGAAGUGGAUGAUUUUCUAAAAGGCACGGAAAAUGGUUCAGUGAAGCUCAGUGCCGUUUCCAUCUUCCAAGUAUUCCGCAAACUGCUAAUUAUAUUUAAAAUGAAGCAAGACCGUACUGUGAGUUACAUUCAAUUUGCUUUGUAGUAAUAUACCAGUGUUGGUCUGGUGAAAUGUCAUCUUUGUAAAUCACCACUGUUAAGAAACUUCUUGCCCCAUAUCCAAUGUAAUGAGCAGAGGUAGUUAUGGUGCGCCUUAAUGGUCAAGCUUUGUCAUAGAUGUAACACGUUUGUGAUGUUACAUGAUUGAGCCAAAUAUGAAUCAACAAAGCUCUUUUUCAAUCUUCUAAAAAUACCUGAAAUAAAUUACCAACAAAAGAUAUUUAGGAACUGUGGAUACCUAACCGUCCAUGAUAAAAUGGAAGCUGAGAUGUUAUUUGUCACAAAAUAAUACUGGUCUCUGUUUUGUUCUUUCCUAGAGGUUCGAACAUCUGUGUCGCUGUAUAUUAACCAGUAUGGAGUGUGAGAAUGAACCCAAGGUUUGUGCUAAAGACAUUUAAGCUAUCAGCUUAAACUGAAGUUAGAUUAAAAAUGGGCUUCUAUUAAUGAAUUCAUAAAAAUGUAUAUCCCGCAGGUCUGGUUUGUGUCUAUAGCUCUUUCCAAGGACCUCACCCUAUUGUGGAUAAAGCAGAUUAAAGACAUACUCUGGUACUGCUGUGAGUUUCUCAAGUUGUUAAAGGUGAGUACUACAUCCUUCAACGAUCAGUAUAAUAAGAACCGUAAGAUGAAUAGAAUGAAUACAUCUUUAUCACGUGGUCCCAUGUGUGCUCUAUCUGAAUAUAUUAUAUCUCUUUUAUCCUAGCCGGACAUCCUCCAGGAUUCCAAGCUAAUUACACUCUACCUCACCAUGCUAAUCAACUUCACAGAUACUUCUACCUGGAAGAUAUUCAGAGGGAAAGGUAAAGCAUGGGUUUAUAAUUAACCAUCAUUUAUUUUCAACCAGAUCACAUUGCAGAUACAUUGUAGACUACAGUUGACAAUCAAUGAUUGGGCACAAGUUUCUGUGGCUUCAGUGAUGGGAAGUUGAUAUUUCAACAUAGUAGACCAAAAUGUGUAAAUUGAUUAAUUUCAAAUUUUUUAAUUACUGAGAACACUUUACAGCAUUUUACCUCCAGUGACAAUUCAUUUGAAGGCACAAUAUUAGAAAAAGAACAAACUAGACUCAUACAGGCACACUGUUAGUAAUAUUCUGUUACAUUUUAUGCUGUCAGCGAGGUUGUUACGUUGUUGUAUUUCUUAUGGGAUGCUUACUGCUUGACAUGUGUUAGUUUCUGCGUGCUGUUGUAAUACCUGACAUGGUGUAUUAACAGUCAUGAGCUAGCUCACAGAGAUCCAUGUUAACUGGGAUCAGUAAAAAUGUUAAACAUAUUUAAAAAUCACACUUAAAAUCCAUUGAUCCACUGACUACAUAUUAAAAUACCUUUAUCAUAAAAUAUGGAAAUUCCAGAUAUAAAAAAGAAUAAUUCUAAAUCUACAAAUAGUAUACCUUAUUGCCAUAAAUGCACACACCACAACAUUACUUUAUCCUAUUUAUUUAGUUGAUCACCUGUCACUGCAGUGAGCAUGGUGCUUAAAGGCUUAUGCCUUUUUUCAUAAAAAAAGAAACAUUUAAAAAAACUUACCUUAAGAUUACUUUACUCUCCAACACCGUCAAGCUCUCCCUCAGCCCGAUCUUCCUCCGCUAAUGUGACUCCCUCUCGCUGGAGGGAAGAGUGGUCAGGAAAAGGGCGAUCUGAAGGGAGGACAGGAAUAGCACGGGGUGGGGAGUGCCACCAUUGGCUGUCAGGUGCCAGCAUGCUGUGUGUACCGGCGUCAAAUACAGAAUUUUGCACAGAAUUACCAUUAGCCACCUGGAAUUCCAGUUGCUGGCUGGCUAAUGACACACCUGUGAUGCUGCUGAAGGUCAGUACCGCUCCUCCAUCAGAGGGGUUAAUCUUGCUAGAUAUUGCUCUGUAGAUUUCUUUUUUUAGCAGUGUUAACUUCUUUAAUCUAGCAGUACAAGCUCUUUAGUUACACCUCUUAAGAUUGACUCACUUGGGGUGUUGGAUAUAUCCAGUCUUUCAUCCGAAUGAGGUUAAUUAUGCCAAUGCAGUCCAUUAAGGUGUAUGCUGUAUUUUAUAUUUCACUGUAUAGCUACAAACUAGUAACUGUGGAUCAAAAUAGAUGUAAUGUAAUGCAUGCUUCCUAUUAAUCUAGAUUCAUUUAUUUUUAGGGGAAACUCUGAGACCUGCAAUGAACCACAUAUGUGCAAAUAUAAUGGGCCACCUCAAUCAAAAAGGCUUCUACUCUGUGCUACAGGUACACCUAUCAUUAAUGCUAAUGUUGAUGCCAAAGCAAAACACUAUUUGUCAAAAACAUGGUACAAAUAAACAGAAACACGGAAGGUUUCUAACUUCAUUAUUCCCGCCAAACUGCUCUGGCCUUCAAUGAGGGGACUGUAAAUAGCAGGUCCCCUGCACAUGCUGCUUUAUUAUUAAAGGAUAUUGUGCAAGUACAUGCAGAUGACAUGAGCUGUCAAUCAAAUUGCACAGAGUGAUGGCUGAUAGGAAAGGGACUUUGUUGGAAGUUAGUUAAUUUCACCUAUACGCCUUGCUGAGCCUUCUUGUUUGUGAUGUACACUACUAAUUUGCUCUAGGUUUAAGUUCAAAAUAAUUCAGGAGAAUUGCUCAAUAUACAGUGCCCUCCACUAAUAUUGGCACAUUUGCUAAAUAUGAACAAAGAAGGCUGUGAAAAAUUGCCUUUACUGUUUAACCUUUUGAUCUCUGCUCUCAUGGAUAUCAAACAAUUGCUUACAUAACAUAGGUUUAUAAAAAAAAAUCUUUGUUAAUGGAGGGCACUGUAUAAACAAGGAUAAAAUUAAAAAGAGCAAAAAUAUAAACAUGUAUAUAUCACUUCCACCUCAGUAUCCUCGACCCUAUAUAAACAAACAAAAUCAAACAAAUAAGGGACACAGAACUGAUUAAUAUUUCAAGUGGUUCCAUGCCUUUUAUGUGUUUGGAUAGUCCUGGACGUACGUUGUGACUAUUUGUUCUUUUUACAGAUCCUGCUUACUAAUGGUCUGGCCAGAUCGCGCCCUUCUCUGUCGAAGGGAACUCUAUCCGCCCUGUUUUCCCUGGCUUUGCGGUACGCUUUUGUGACAUUAAACGCAUUGUAAACUUACCAAUAGGAGUGUAUUGGAAAGUUAUCGAUGAUGUUAUUUCCACCAUAGACAUUGUCUUUUUUAACUCUGUGUUCAUUUUUGUAAAGACGCUCAUAACUGAUAUAAUUUACAGCUAAUUUAAGCUUUAACCUUUUCCUUAUUUGUUUGGUCUAUUGUAUUCUUUUUCAGGCCCGUCGUUGCAGCUCAGUUUUCCGACAACCUGCUCCGUUCGUUCCUGAUUCACAUAAUGUCCGUUCCAGCUCUGAUUUCCCAUCUUUCUAUCCUUACUCCAGAUGUAAGUAGAGAGAUACAGACUAAGAUGGAUAGAUAGCAUCUGUACUCAUCCAUAAUGGAUGAAGGUAGACAAUCUGGAGCUCUGCACAAUUGAGAAACCAUAUAUAGCCGAGGAAGAGAGGCAGUCGUUACAUAUUUCUAGCAUAAGAAAAUGCAAAGUCAGUAUCUUCUCUUAGUGAAGAAAGAGAAAGAACAGGUUACUAUAUGUAGCCAAAGGAGGUAAAGCAAGUGCCAAUAAAAAUAUUAGCUGCAAAAGAGAUCAGUGGUUAUGGGCAUUAAAAAAACUGACAGCAAGUCUGUACUAAGGCAUAUAACCAUAUAAAAUUAUAAAACGGGGAUAGGCAGCCUUCUUCCCUAAUACCUUGCUGGCAUUACAGCCCAAAGAGCAUUAUGGGAGAUGUAGUCCAAAACAUCUGGAGUGCCGAAGGUUGCCUAUCCUUGAUAUAGAAAAUCGUGUUCAGUUUGUGCAAUAUAUUAUGUUUUCUCCAUCUGUUGCUAUUUUUCAGCGUUUCACUGUGAUUGAAUCCCAUGGGCUCUUCCAUAAGUUUAUCUUGUUUCUGAGUCGGGAGGAGCAGUGCAGAGAUGUGUGUGUAUGUCUGGAAGGAAGUCACACUCUCUGUUUGCUAGGUAUUAUUUUAUGCUUAUCCUACAUCUGUUAAGUGUGUAAUUAACUAUAGACUUCCUCUGCUACAUGGUAACAUUGACUGCCCUUCACCGAUUACUCGGGUAUGGAAACUAAACAGCUUCUUUUCUUUUUGUACAAUUACUGCCUUUUGCUAAUUCUUGGGGUAUGGAACUAAACUGUUGCUUUUUUUGUUCUUUAUGCUGUCUAGAAUAUUUUUGUUUUCCCUUCUAAUGUUAUAUUUCAUAGGAGGAGCAGAGUUAUUGUAGGUCACUUGUGAUGACACAUGGGGAUCAUGGCUGGGAUUAGGGUUGCUUACUGUUUUUUUAUUUUGAAUUACUAGUGAUUGUGGUGAAGAGGCUACUUUGUCAAUUGUGGGAGGGAUCACUAAGAUUAUUGAGCCCCGCAUUGUAAGAGAGCAGGAAAGAUUCCAAGCUAUCUCUCCUUGCUUUCAGUCCUGUAAGUAGAUGGGGAAACAUAGAGGACACUAUAGAGGCAAUCAAAGAAAUAAAGAGCCAGCGGUGGAAAGACAAUAUGGUCAAGACCUGAAAGCUAUUUGGGAAUUAAUUGUUGGCAUUAUGAUCAGAUGAGUUGGCACAUAGGAAUAUGGGUAGGAUGUGAAAUUGUAGAGAAAACAUUGGAAUUGAGAUUUAAUUUAUUGAUUACUGGCAUUUAUAAAGCGCCAACAUAUUCUGCAGCGCUGUACAAUUAGGAGAGAACGCACACUAUAGAAAAGGUAAAGAGGGCUCUGUCCGUAAGCUGAGAUCUAAUAAAUAUAUUGUCACUGAGAGGUGUUCAGGCAGAAAAGACAAAUAAAGAUAGCGCAGAAUAUUAGGUGAUUGUUUUCUUAUUGAAAUGUAUUUGUAAUAUUUUUAGGUAACUUAAUUUAUCUUGGUCACCUUACGGAGAAAGUACUGCAGGAGGAAACCAGUCACUUUGUCAGCAUCCUCACACACAUGUUAUCUUAUUGCCAGAAAUAUGUAUCGCAGAAGAAGUCUAACCUCACACAUUGGCACCCUGUCCUUGGUUGGUUUUCCCAGACGGUGGAUUAUGGGUAGGGUAUAUAAUUCUAUGUAAUUCAGAUCCCAGAUGCAUUUUUUUGUUUUGUUUUAUUGUACAUAUUUUUUAUUGGUAAUUUUCAGUUCCUUUCAGAUGUGAGAGCACAGUCUUCUAUUAUUUAUUACAUGUUUUUUUUUUUUAUAAGAUACUUUGUUCGUAUGUAAUGAUUCUAUAACUCUUUUUUUAUUCUGCAAUAUACAUUUACUAAAGAAACUGUAUUACAACUUGCAUAGAAUUUUGAUUAAUUUUAGAGUUAUGUUUCUUUUCUACCUUUGGCCAUAUUAAUAAAGAAAAAUUGCAACUAUCCCGUGUCAGAAUGCGAGCUGUAGAGCAAUUACAAGAGCAACUGUUAUGGGCAAAUGCAAAUAUUACAAGUUUUAAAAUGAAAGGUUAUAUUUCAAAUGAUUGCGUCUGAUAUUGCACUUUACCCACAGUGACUGAUAUACAUGCUGCCUAAUUGAUGCUUGGUUAAUUUCACUCUUUUAGUAUAUUGCCUCUCUUCAUUUUUUACUCCUUGCUCUGUGUUUUCUGACACUGUUUUUUUCUAUGAAUAAUGUGUAUCUGACACAGACUGCUAUCAACUUUUAAUUUAUUUCCUUUUCAGCCUCAAUGAAUCUAUGCCUUUACUCACCAAACAGCUUCAGCACCUAUGGAGUGUCCCUAUGAUUCGCAUCUUGUUCCGUGAGGUCCUCAGCAAGAAGUUAGCAGAGAAUCAGGAGAUGUCAGUGACCGCCUCACAGAGCUCUUCACCCCAGAACAAUCUGCCCAUGAAAAGUGAGCUAUAAUGUUAAAAAGUAGAAUAUAAUGGAAGGGUUAUAAAGUUGGUGAAAAUGAUUAACUGGUAACUUAUCAUUAAUUGCACAAUCCUAAGAUUUAUAGUCUGAAAUCUCAAGGUUAAUCACAAUCAAAAAUCAAAAUAGAUCCAUCUUGGAAAGAUCUUACCUAACUAUUUAACCACUUUUAUAGUUCAAUGGUGAUGAUGAGAUAUAUGUAAUUAUCAUGUUGUUUUCCAAUUCAAUAUUGAUAUGGGUGUAUGCUUCUUUAAAGGGUUACUCCAAGCUUAACUCCUACAUCCUGUUCUAGGAGAGGUGUUUGUUCUACUCAUGCAAAAAAUACUUAAAAAAUUGGUAGGGCUUUAGUAAUGGUAAUGGUAAAAGUGUUGUUAAAAUGUAUACGGUGAGAUUGUGAAGUUCCUACAAGUAAAGCUUACCAAAUUGAUAAAACACAGAGUCAGCAUCCUCAUGUUUUGCUGCGUCUUGUAACUGAUAACAUUUCAUAGAUUCUCUUUCCUAGGCUGCAUAUCAGAUCUUCAUCAGUAUACAAAAUAUAUAGUAAAAAUAAUCAUGGCAGAGAGGGAGAGAAUGCAAAAUGGAGAAAACCAAUGCACUUGUAUUGCACUAAUUAGCUUUUUCUCUCAAGCAAAAGAAAUGUGUCAAGCAUUGUCUUUUAUAUCUGUAUCCCACUGUGUGUAUAAUACGUCUAACCAGAUUAGAAAGUAAGUGUUAGGUUAUUUAUGGGAAACAAAUUGGAUGACACAGUUCCUACCUAACAUUCUGAUAAGUUUUUAUUUCCUGACAGAUCUUUUUAAACGAGCAUUCCAGAAAUCUGCAUCCGUUCGCCAUAUCUUGAAACCUAUUGGGGGAAAGAGAGUGGACUCCCAAGAAGUGCAGAAAGUAUGCAAUAUAUGUGUGCUGUACCAGACUGCGCUGACCACCCUCACACAGAUUCGCUUGCAGAUUCUUACAGGUUAGUACCAUUUUAUACAAUUCUUUAUUCUUGCACGCAAAGACACCAUAAGAUGUUCCCUCUUGAGAUUUUUGCUGUGUCUUUUCUAAACAAAUGAUGGCUUGGUGAAGUGAGAUGACCACGGUUUCCUUUAGAAAAUAUCACUUAAAAAAAAAUGUUAUUGUCAAAAACACCAUUCUCAGACUGGUACAUGAUUUGUUUCAGUGGGUGAACUAGAAACAACUUUUUUAGUGAUAAAAUAAACCCCUCUUAACACCACCUACACCUAUAAAAGUUGCUACCACUAAGACACUUUCUAAAUGGAUUGCUUUAAGCUACCCCACCAAAUCUGCUUUAAAACCCACAAAACACAGUUUAGUAGGAAUCAGAGUACUAUUCUAUAAGUCUCUUCGGUAAUGUGAUAUCACACAAAGGCAGAGUUUAAUAAAGGAACAUUUAUUAUGAGCAAAACAUACAGUGCAUACAUGUAAAAAAUAGCUAACAAAUGGGGGUCGGGGUCUGACCGCCAAGCAGCAUGGCCCGUGCGCUCCGACCGAGAAACCACUGUGGGCCACAAUAUUGUUACCUUUCCCAUGACAACUAAGCCGAUCUAACUCAGCGGAGGAGAGGCGACAACCCGGUUCUCAAAAUGGGCGGACUUUGAGCCCGAUCGGACAAGCUAAGCCCAACUUUGAAUUGCGGCCUACUGCUGGGGGUGGGUGUGGGAGACGUGGCCGAUCUCGCCGCUACCAGACCGGCUGGAAAAUGCCAAAGAGCCUGGACACCCCGUUCUCCCCCCCCCCCUACCCCCCCAGCCGGAGGGAGUCAUCCCGGUAAACACCAGCUACGAGCAGAAUUUAAUCACUAACCAGCCCCUGAUGCAAACACAUAGCAGCGCCAAUGAAGCCAAGAUGGCGGCGGCUGACUCUGCAGCGGUGCCAUACAGCCUGCAAAAGCCUCUGAAACAGCGCCUGGACAAACUUUUUCGCAGCUUCUGGCAAAAGCUCCAGAGCAGAAGGGAUCGUAACCUAGCAGCGACACAAGGACAAGUGGAGCACAGAAGCCCACACCCGGUCAAGCUAAACCAGGCGGUGGGCGACCAACAGAAACAGCCAAGAGCACGCAAAAAUUCAAAGCAACGGCGGGAGAGAUCAAAUCGGGCACACCGCCGGAGGUCCGGACGCACUACCACACGCCAUAAGUGCAGUCUGCACGGGGUCACUACCCCCUUCAUGACCCACUCCCCGGGAACACACGGCAUGUACAAGAAGCUGAGAAUUGAUGAAAACGGAUGGAGCUACAAGCCAAGCUACAUGGUCUGGCGCAGGAGGGGGGCCUUGUUGGGGACUUUGGGACUCGCACCUAUCCUCUGCCGGGUUGGUGUGGGCUAAACUGAACUCAAAUUAUAAAGUCUAGAAGGCGACGGGAUAACUCAGCUUGAAUCUUUGAGCUGUUUCCCGUUGGUUGAGAGACCCCAGCAGCUUCUAAUCUCACUCUACCCUACCUUACUCCUGCUAAGGAAAUCUGCUAUGACGUAAAGUAGUUAUUCCAAGUAGAUAAGCCAGUUACCAUACAUCUAGUUAUAUGCCAGCAAUUUCUAUGUAUGCUUAAUAAUAAUCACACGUAGCUGAACUUACUAUUGAUAAAUGUGCCUAGCCUGAAUACUCUAAAACAAAAACCAGUGCUGUAUUAUCACAAUUUCACAAGUCAAUUUCACUGCUUGUAUUUUUUUAUGUUAAGCCUGCUGUGACAUUACAGGCUUGUCUGUGAUUCUUUAUGAGCACUACAAAAAUAAAGAAUAAAAAAAAAAAAAAAUAGCUAACAAACUAAUUUUACAUAUGCCAAAAAAACAGAUUCAAAGUGAGAAAAUUAACAGACCAUCCUAAUACUAGUAUAAUACCAGUCUCUUCCCAAGAGAGCUUUUGGUAAGGAAAAUGAAAAUCCACCAAAACCUGCCUGAAAAUGAUCGAUGCUAUACAGUUAUGUAUAGAUGCAUUUGAUCUCUUUGUAACCAGACCAGAUCUCGGUGAAUCUAGACAAUUCAUUUGAGACCAAAUUCAUACGUAAUGCAUCAAAAAACAAAAUUACAUCUGAAAUCAUACCCAAACUUAAAGUAAAUGACCCUUCACUGAACUUACAAUACACGUAGAUGUAGUGCAAUUCUCAGAGACCAGUUGUAAAAUCCCUGUACACUGUUUGGUUUACAAGUUAGCAAUAUUUUGAAAAUGGAACAAUGAAUCGUACCCACUAGGCACGACCGUUAUAUCUUGCAGAAUUCUGUUGGUGAUCCAAAAAAUUCACUAAAUAAUACUAUGUAUAAGUUUGUUACGCAUUUCUCUCAGCUAACCUAUGUCUAUCCUUAGGCCUCACCUAUUUGGAUGACCUUCUGCCUAAGUUAUGGGCUUUCAUUUGUGAGCUCGGUCCUCAAGGAGGUUUAAAACUCUUCUUGGAAUGUCUGAGUAAUGACACUGAGGAGUCCCAAAGACUUCUGGCAAUGCUGGUUCUGUUCUGUGACUGCUCCAGGCAUUUAAUUACGUAAGUACUACAAGCGCUCCUGGCAUAGGUUAUGGUGCAAGGACCUUCAUUGUUCUUGUAUCCCUCAAUAUGUUGCUUACAACUUCAGUAUGUUGCAGGAAUCUAUGUAUGUAUGAGCCCACCCCCUGCUCAUUGACAUUGCAGGGAAAGCUAUGUACAAAAUUACAGUGUGAAGUGUGUAUUACUUUGUAAGAGUUUGAAAAUGGUCCUUUAAUGCUCCGAUCUGUUGGCAGAAUUCUUGAUGACAUUGAGGUGUACGAGGAACAGAUAUCAUUCAAAUUGGAGGAACUGGUCACAAUCUCAUCGUUCCUGAACUGCUUUGUUUUCAAAAUGAUAUGGGAUGGUCUCCUAGGUAAGGCUUUCCAAAUAGCAUCAUAAUGUACAGAUAAACUUAGCUAUAUAUAACUUGGCUAUAUUUAAAAUAUAAAGAAUGUUUGGGCUGUGAGGUCCCAUGAGCACAGCAAUGUUUUGGUGUGUAAUUUUCAAAUGAAGUGAUAUAUGCAGAUAAAUACUCUAUGUCAUGUUAGAAAUUUCUGAAAAUAAAAGAUGAAUAGUGUUUUCAAAUUGUGACUUUUUUUUAUACACAGUAGAUGAAAUGGUGUGUGUAGGACAUUAACAUUAGGACUUUAUUAGGACUUUGCUGCAAAUAGCCAGCCCUAAUAUCUCAUUAAGUACCACAUAUCAUUGAUCAUAAUGAUCAAUAAUCUAUAUAUGGCUGAUUAGUGAAAUACUAAGUUUAACUCCUCUCCUCUCACCAUAUCAACCUUUUUAAAUGGGUAUUACACUAAUACAACAUCCACUACCCAGCUCCGGCACUAACAUUAUUAGCCCUGCUGUCUUCACUGAGAGCUCACCGAGUGAUAUCAGUCACUCCAUUCUUAUAUCCAGCCAGUAUUGGCUCAAGAUGCUCUGGCUGGCGGAGUGCCUGUAUGGGAAUUUGGGAAAUCCUGAAGCAUAUGACACUGAUUGAAUCAUUCACAAAACUAUCGAUUGACCAGGGUAUUCUAGGCCUAAAUAGUCAAAUUAGAAAACAUUUCCAGCUCAGCCACUUUGAACUAGAGUUUGAAAUUGUGUAGUCUGAUAUGUGGCAAGAGUAAGCGUUCAGGAUAGGGGAAGCAGGAAUCUGCGUUUGAUGAGGGCUUUAUAUCAAUGGUUCCCGUAGUGAUGAGCACUGCAUCUUUAGAUAUAUCUCUUUCUUCUAGAAUUAACUGCUACAGGUUUAUGUGUGUAACCAACAGAACCCAGGACGUUGUUGUAGCAGGAGCAAUUGACCACUAAUGUUGCUUUCUUUCCUAUAACAUAUUAAUUAAAUAUUAAUUAAUUGCAAUAUUGUAAUAUAAUCAGGAAUUGAUUUAUUGUCACUGAAAAAGUGUCUUCUGUUUUCCAUGAAACGUUAGUAUGUCUAGAUUAGAAAACACUUUGGAGUAUCAGUAAUUAAAGUUAAUUAAAAUCUGAGGAGUGUUCUCUUUGCAGAGAAUGCCAAAGGUGAGACUCUGGAGCUUUUUCACUCUGUUCACGGCUGGCUUAUGGUUCUGUAUGAGAGAGAUUGCCGAAGGAAGUUUGCCCCAGACGACCACUGGCUGAGAAAGUGAGUGAAUGUUAUAAGAUGUUGUCAUAUAUAUGUUUGUGUUACUCGUGACAUGUGUUGUACUGUGUUAGACACAACAAAACCAUUAGUAUAGGCAAUAUAUGACAUUACCGAAUCUGUAACUCCUAUGCUAUGGUUUGUAUUUGCAGAUUAUAAUACUAUGUACGGUAAAUUAAUAUGAUUAUGGAAUCUAAUCAAAAGAUCCAUAAUUUAUUCUUAAGGCCCACCUCCACUCCAACCAUCUUAUACACUACACAGCAGAUUUUCUACUUCUUGACUAAAUUUACAUUUAGGAAAGGACCUCAUUCCUCUCACGUUAGCACAGACUAAAAUGUUAUAUUUUGCUAACUCCUAUUUUCACAUCACUGCAUCACUACAUAUUUUUUCUUUUGGAAAUUCCUGUGAAUUCAAUCACUACCGAUCAUGGGAUUUCUAACUUAUACCCUGGUCUAUUAUCAGCCACACAUACAUCUUCCCCAAACUUUAUAACCAAAUGAGAAACUGCACUCAACUCUUCCAUUGUGGACAAGUAGUGGAAAAACAUAACAUAUGCUCCAUUUCCAGUAAAUAUAAAGCUUUAGUAUACAAGCAAUGUAGGACAACUGCCCCCAUCCAUUCUCUUUUCCAUAGUGUUUAUGGUACCUGCAAAAGGUAGGUGUCUUAAUGACAGACAUCUAGUCCUCCUCUUAUGUGGAACAGUUGGUCAUUGAACCAUUUUGGAUCCAGGUUUACUCUACUCUGAAAUUCAUCCCUGAGAACCCUCUCCACCAUUUUUUCCAGAAGCACUUCUCCAACAUUUGUAUUCUUCUCUACAUUUUUUCUAACUUUUUACAUUGUCUCAAAAUAUAACAAAUCUGUUGUGUGGCAUUUUAAUGAUGUUGUCAAGGAGCUCAUCAAUCUGCAUUGAUACCAGACAUUGGCACAAGAGAGUGGAUAACUUGAGUGGAGGAAGUAUGCACACACUCCUCAACAGACAUACAUACAAACAUACCUUCAUUAACCAGUUUUUUUUCUCUAAGUUAAUUCCACUACCUUUGAUAUUUUCAUGAGCCCCCCCACCUCACUCACUCAAGCCGUAUAUCAAACACUAAUUUCUCUUUUCCGUACUGCUUGUUUCCUCUCUCUCUACUACCUCUCCUUCUACUCCUCUAUAGUACAAUUGUAUUGUGUAUGUUAUGCAGUUACUCUACAAUUGUUUUAUGUGUUGAAGUCUUACAUAGUUACAGAGAUUGAAAAGAGACAUGUGUCCAUCAUGUUCAGCCUUCCUCACAUUUGUUUUUGCUGUUGAUCCAAAAGAAGGUAAAAAAAACCCAGGUUGAAGCGCUUUCUAAUUUGCAAAAAAAUCCUUCUUGAUCGAAGAAUGGCAGUCAGAUUUCACCUUGGAUCAAGAACCCAUUACCCUACUAAUUAAGUAUUGUAUAUCCCGGAAUCUUAUGUUUUUGCAAUUAUUUAUCCAACCACCUCUUCAGGCAGAGAAUUCCACGUCCUUAAUGUUUUUACUGUAAAAAAAAAUCUUUUCCUUAGCCUUUGAAUAAAUCUCCUUUCUUCCAGUUUAAAUGCGUGAGCUUGUGACCUAUAUAGUUUUGUUAAUGAAUAGAUUUCUGGACAAUGGUUUGUAUUCACCCCUAAUAUAUUUGUAUAAUGCUAUCAUUUCCAGUGUCUGCUCCCUAACUGCAUUUAUUUACCACGCAAGCAAGCUAGGUAACAUUAACAAACAUUUUUAUCAUAAAUGAUUACAAUUUUAAGUAAUUGUAUUUAAACCUUUGGUAAAUCUCUUCUCUUACUAAUCUAAUUUAGAACCUCACACAAUCAAGUAAUCUACUGCUCAUUCACACUCAAAAGCUGAAAAUAUUUGUAUAGUGUAUAGUAAUGGUUUGUGCUGAUUCUACAGAUUAACAUGUAAUGGUAUGCCCUGAAAAUCUACAUUCUUAUCAUCUUUUUUAGGGACCUUAAACCAGCUUUAUUGUUCCAAGAGCUGGACAAAGAGAGGAAGCGAGCCCAGCUCCUGCUUCAGUAUAUCCCCCAUGUAAUACCCCACAAGAAUGUAAGUGAAAUCAUCAUCUGGAUUAAAUAAAACACAAGAAACAAUCAGUGCCACUAACACAAAACAUAUAAAAAAAUAUAGUAUCUUGAGCCAAACUUAACGUAAUUUAUUUAUUCAGUCUAGACUGCACAGAUAGAUACCAGCAGUGCUCGUUCCAUUGUAAUACGAUUUAAUGACAAAUGAAGCAAACAUUAUUAACCAUACUCACAUAGUAUCUAACACAGUUAUGCAAGGAGAUUCCAUGAAAGUGAUGAUUUACUAGAAAUCAAGUUCAUGCAUAUUAUGUUUGGUAGAUAAUUUAGUGUAUUUGAAAAAAAUAAUUCAUAAUUAUGAGAUUUUUUUUUUUUUUUAAACAAUUUCACUAUACAACAGCAGCAGCCUCCUUACUGAAGUGGUUAUGGUGCAAACACAUUAUAAUUAAAGCGCCUCUUUUUAUGUAUCAAACCAAAGUGUUUAUAGAAAUAGAGUUCUCUCGGCACCCAAAACCCAGGCUCUCUCUGCUCCUGCUUUUUUGUCCAAAUUUGCAGCAAAAUGUAUGCAGCUCUUGCAUUUUACCUGUUUACUUUCAUGUCCGUGAAAGAUAUCAUGGAAUUUACAUGUAAAUGUAAGUUAGAUGCAGCUGCUAUGCCCAUGAAACGCAUACAUUUUUGCCUUGAGCAUGUGAACGUGUUUAUGGUCAUAAUGUCCAUGACUUUUGAUGAUACAUAAAUGCUUUUAGAUUGCUGUAAAAGUGUAGCAUACAGAGCAGCUUCACUGGAGUGAAUAUUAGUGCGAGCAUAAAGCUUGUUCUAUCCACGAUAAGUGUGAUGCUUUCUCUCUAGCAAAAGUGGAUUGAUGGAUAACACAUGAACACACAGAGAGCUUGAAUUUUCCAACAGCUUUAUACUACUUUUUCUUUUUGAUAAAGAAAAGAGCUGUGGCAUCCAUGCUUUUUGUAAUCCAUGUUUUGUGUGUGAACAAAAAAAAAUAGGAAACUAUGUGAGAGAGAUGAUUCUAUCAUUUUUUCACACAUUGUAUGGCUUGGAAAAACCUUCUAAAUAAUCACUAUUCCAAUGUGAAGAAUAAAUUGGGCUCCAUACCCUUUUUUAGCCUAAGGCACUGUGGGAUCCUAAUCAUUCUCUUUUGUGUGAUGCCUGAAUUUUGCUAUAAGCUGUUAGAUGGCAGUGGUAAGUUGCAAGUUGGGAGUUGUUUAGCCAGCAGCCCUUCGUAUUAUCAUCCCAUCAUUGCUUUCCACAUUUGGACGGAAACUGCAGAAGUGUUGGUUACCCAUGAAUUUGGCAGCAAAGAUGACAUACUUUGGGUGCUAGACGAGCCAUGGUUAUUGUCAAACUACUUCUAGUCAGAAGACUAUUUAGGGCAUAACCAUACAGUAAGCAGUAAGCUGCUGAGGUUCUAGUGUUUAUAGUAUACAUACCUGUAUUUGUAGAGCAGUUGUUUGGAUUUGUAUACAUUAUGCUAGUGCAUGUUUACACAGAGUCCAAAAUCAUGACACAUCUUAGCGGAGCCUUACAUGAGCCUGGGAUAUUAGCACCUUUGUGUUCUCAUUUGGUGUGUUGAAACACUCACUUAUUGAUAAAUAAAUCAUUUAAAAUUAACACAUUUUUUAUGUUUGUAAUAAAAGUAAGGUUUCUAUAUAUAUGUACAUUCUUUAGUACAGCGCCUACACAUUCAUUUGUUUAUGUAUAUGAGUGUGUAAAAGUUUUCUACACUUUUUCUGAUCUUUCUUCCAGAGGGUCCUUUUGUUCCGAAACAUUGUCACCAAAGAAAAAGAGAAACUUGGUUUAGUGGAGACCAACACUGCAUCUCCACACGUCACCCAUAUCACAAUUCGAAGGUCACGGAUGCUGGAGGUUUGUAAAGGGUUUCAGAACGAAAGAGGCUUCUUACUUUUCUUCUUAUCGAUAUGUCACUCUUAACUGCUAGAAUGAAAUAGUAUCACUCACUGAGCUGUGAUUUACACUUUAUUUUAAGUAUUUAACUACUGAUUGUCUAAUCAUAACAUAAUUGCAUGCUAUCAAUAUUAACAAUGCGCCUUAAAUGUACUCAGUAGGUGUAAUUCUUUCUAUUUUAUUAAUGCUGGGAGGAGAGAGGUCCAACCGAGUUGUGCUUGCUAUGUGCUCAUGUUGUAUGAGCAAGUUGGACAGGUCUAAUUUUGAAAAGGGGGACGUAAACGUCUAACAGAUAGUAUUUUCAUUCCAUGAUGGACCACUCAAGCUUGUGUGCUGAACAUUGUGCACCAUUAUGACCCACAUACAGGGAAUCAUGAGACUUUUGUAAUGAACAUUGAAUGCCAGGCUGUGCUAAGUCUUUGAAUUAAAAUAAAAGAGUGGUAUUUGGAGAAGCAGAGAACAAUUAUUUGCUACUUUUAUUUAUUCAGUAGUAAUUAACUCCGAGUUGAUAUCAGUCUAUCAAUAACCUAUAUAAUUUAAUUAUUACAAAUAAUCUGUUAUUAACAUACAUUAGUGUGUGCUUUUCUGUUUAUCAAGUGUGGUCUAAAACAAUGUGACGUAGUCUAGAGGAAUUUUGUUAAAUAGCCCUAUAUAUUGUAGAAAGCCUUAGAUAGAUCAGUUGAUCUUUAAAGUCUUUUUUAAACAAGCAUGAUAUUCACUACAGCGUGUGUAUUUAUUGUUGGAAUUCAAAGUUAAUUCCCCUUUUUUUUGGGGGCCAAGAUAUAUGAAUAAAUUUUUUGGUGUUAUAUUGGAAUUUCACUUUGAAUUUUCUUUAGAUCUUUGACCAUUCACCCUUGUGAAUGACACAGUGUAUAGCAACGUAUGUAUUUUAAGGUUUCAGGUAUACAUUUCCAUUUUUAUCAUACUGAGUGAGUCUAUUUUGUGAUUUUAUAUUUUUUGUCUUCAUUGAAAAGGAUGGUUAUGAUCAACUGCGACAGCUCUCCCAAAAUGCCAUGAAGGGAGUCAUCCGCGUUAAAUUUGUCAAUGACCUGGGAGUAGAUGAAGCUGGUAUAGACCAAGAUGGAGUUUUCAAGGAGUUCUUAGAAGAAAUUAUAAAAAAGGUUUUUGAUCCUGCUCUGAAUUUAUUUAAGGUAACUUGUUAUUCCGCAGGCUGAAUGCAAGGUUUCAUUCAUAAAUUAUUACUAUGUAACCUCUAUAAACCCUGUGCUUACUGCUUGUUCCUAUAGACCACCAGUUCUGGGGAUAGAUUAUACCCAUCACCUACAUCUUACAUCCAUGAGAACUAUCUCCAGUUAUUUGAGUUUGUUGGGAAGAUGCUAGGAAAAGCAGUAUAUGAGGUAAGCAAUAAAAACUAUUGCUAAACUUGGGUAAUAUCUUUAAAAAUUAACCAAAUUUCGGACACACUAAAGACAAUUCAUAGUCAAAUUCUGAUAUUUUCUCUGAAUCUCCAUUACAUUUAACGCAAUCACAGUGUAUAGUGUUAAAAUGUAAUAAUAAAAACAUGAAAAGGUGUCUCUGUGACCCUUGUAAUCCUAGGGCAACCUGACCGUAUAUACUUUUUUUCCCUUCCAAUCCAAUGUUUAAAAUGCCGUGAGGAUGCCUAGUUCUCAUGUACAGUGGAAAUUUUUCCAAUUAAGUUUAAAAGAACACUAUGGAUAUUCCUAACACAAUAGUGUCUUUGUUAGAUUUAGCCUCCCUUUUCACUAGCAAAAAAAAAAAAAAAAAAGAGGAUUUACUUAUCUUUUUUUUUAUAGCGCCAAGAUUCCUAUGCUUCACAGCUUCUUUUCCAAUCCAGUGCUUCUCAUAGAGUAGCACUGCGGACGAGGUCUGCAGCCACUGCAAACGCUCAUCCAAUUAAACAUUCCUCAUAAGAAAGCAUUGAAUUCACUAUUGAGGAUGAAAUGUUAGUGGCUGUCUCUACAAAACUGCAAUGUUCUACAUUGUAGGGUUAAGACUACAGGACAACUGCAGACAGACCACUUCAUUGACAUGAAGUAGUCUGGGUGAUUUCAGUGCUCCUUUAAUUCAUUGCUGAGCUAUUCUGUGACAUUUAGGUUUAUUAGCUUGCUCUAAAAUUUAGAGCUGGGUUUACACAUUUUGGAGUAUAUUAAAUUUAGUUGCUGUGCUCCAUUGUUUUUUCCUUAAUUGACAUGAUUUGGAGCUUAGUGAAUAACCUACAAAUUGAAUGAUGUUACUAAGAGACUUCCAUAUUCUAAACAGAUUCCUAGAGAUCUUCUAGGGUUUUACAUGUUACUUUUCAAUAAGCAGCGUGCUGCAUGUUGACAUGCUGUCAUUGAUCAAUAUACAUUUUAAGUGCUGCAAAAAUAGUAUGUUUAUUCAAGUAAUUCACAUAAUGUGAGACAGAGUUGGGGAACAUUUGGUAUUCUCAACACAUUUUAUAUUAUGACAAAUAAGAAAACCAUGUCUGAGUAAAAUGUUAUAAAAUUAAUUAUCUCCCUUAUAUUUCUAGGGUAUAGUGGUGGAUGUCCCCUUUGCCUCAUUUUUUCUUAGUCAGCUCCUAGGACACCAUCAUAGCAUCUUCUACAGCUCUGUGGAUGAACUACCCUCUCUCGACUCGGAGUUCUACAAGAACCUUACUUCUAUCAAAGUAAGUUCAUUGUAGCACUUCCAGAUUUUUUAAAAAUCUGGACACAUAUUAACUUGACUGCUGGCCUUGACUUCUUGUAGGAUUUUUACCUGAGUUAGUUAAAUUGUAAUUUUGAACAAUAUGUAAAACAAACAAGAAAAAGCUAUAAAACUGGUCAUUUGUUUAACAAUUCAAAGUCAUCUCCAGAAUGGCAUCCCCAGCAAGCCAAACUUCUGACUGAGAUAAAUCUCCAAGUUAAACAACUUUGUCACCAGAGUUUGUGAUGAGAAAUAAAAUGAUAAAGAUAUUAAAAUAUAAAAUUGACAGAAUUAAUGCUGUCACGGAAUGUCAUAAUUUGUAGCAGUAACAGCCUUCCGUGAAACUUUAUCUGUUAUUUUUGACGGUGCUACAAUAGCUGUGCUUGGAUAAGUGUUUUUAGACCUAUUCCAUAUUUUUCAGCGUUACGAUGGAGAUAUUAGUGACUUGGGCCUAACACUAUCGUAUGAUGAAGAUGUCAUGGGUCAGGUAUGUAGAAUAUUCUUAGAAUAUUUUCACUGUUUGUAAUUGUGUAGUUUAUGAUCUGUGGCAGGAUUAUUCCUUUAGAGGGAUGCUCCAAAUGAGCAGUGAUCUCGUUUAAAAUAGGCAAAAAAUGAUCUCAUAAGAUGAAAAAAUGUACUCAUCUUUAAUGUUUCUACAAUUGCUGCAAAUGGCUAGGCUUUGUUGCAUCUGCAGUGAGUACUGCCCAGAUCUGGAACUGUCUCAAUCAGCCAGGAUGUUUUCAUUGUUUUCAAAAUGAGCUAUGUAUAUCUCAUAAAUUACCAAGCAAGGGGUCAUGUUGUCCACAGUGUCUGGAAUGGCAUAGAUGGUUUAUAGUGAGUAACCUCAUGAUACUACAUAGAUGCUGCCAUUGAAGUAGAUCCACAAUCAGACCCCAGUGGAACCUAAUAGAAUACACCAGGGCCCAUAUACCUAAACUUCAGUCCACAUGCAUAGAAAAGAUUAUGGAACAUUGAUUGCUUGUUUUCAACUACAUUAAAAAAGAUAAUAUUUUGUUACAUUUAAUGAAAAAUAAUGUUUCCGUAUAUUUCUUCAAAUCCUCAUAACAAGCCAGAGAUAAAAUGGGUGCUUUAUACAAUGCACAAUUAAGAAGUAUUAUAAACAAAUGACACUGAUGUGUUUGCAUACACCAAACAUGUCAGUACAAAUAUUAACUUUUAGUGCUGGGAUGGCCAUAGAAUUAACAGUUAACUCUAACUAGUACACGUGUGUUCUUGUGUCAAUGAUUUCUUUCAGGACUAUAUGAUUACCAACAACUUGAGCAGUAUUUUCAUGCUCCCAAUAUGUCAUUAAAUACAUUAAAAUGUGUGUUUUCUCUGUGUCUAACAGCUGGUCUGUCAUGAGCUGGUCCCUGGUGGGAAGUCAAUUACAGUCAGCAAUGAGAACAAGUGAGUUCUGUUUAUAUUGAAAUCCUGCUUUCCUAUUUACUGUGGGUGCUGUCCCUCUAUUUGUGUUUAUUUGCAGGAACCCUAAGCCCAUCCUCUCUAUUUGGGAUGACAUAAUGUCAUUAUCCUUCCUAUACAUGUUAAUGAGGGUGUCAAACUCCCUUUUUAUGCAUUCGAAGCAGGGCUACGGGUUAUGGUAUUAGGGAUUUCUGUGUGAAACAUCUUGAAAACUGAAAGAAAAACAAAAAAAAACAGAGAACCUUCACCCACAGCUAGCACCAUAAACACUAAAUGACUAGGUUAAUAUUAAUGGAUUAUUUCACAGAAAGCUGACUUUGAGGAUAUGUGAGUUUAUUUUUACAGAAAGGUUGCUCCAGACUUUCCUUUCUGGACUAAUGAUUCACCCCCUACUUGUUUUGACCCCUGAAUAGAUGGGUCUUUUAGGGCAAAAAAAAUGGAUACAACUGGUCUUCUAGAUUUUUUUUUUCUCUGAGGAAAAGAAUGACAAUUGGAGACAUUAUGAAUACAGUAUAGUACAAUUUAAAUUCUGUAUGUGGCCAUCAUGAUCUUAUCAUACAAUACACAGAAAGAAAGGUGUCUAUCCCUCCGCACACUUUAUAUAUUCUGACCCCAACUCCUGAUUCAGUGAAUUUCCAUCAUCCCCUAAAAUUAACGGAAAUAAUCCACAGGGAUGACAUCCGUUUUUGUCCCAAUCCUUCUCAUUCACUUUGUAUUGGACUGAUAAAAACCAGGCAAAUCAGAGCGGAUAUUCUCGUUCUCAUUCACCUAACUGUUUUCAUUGCAUUUCUUUUUUCUCUUUCCAUCAUGCUGUGAUGUCCAGUAUAAUUUCCUCCCAGUUACUCACGUUGACCCAUCUUCUCUAUUCUACAGGAUCAGCUACAUCCACCUCAUGGCACAUUUUCGCAUGCACACUCAGAUUAAAAAUCAGACUGCUGCUCUCAUCAGUGGCUUCCGCUCCAUCAUCCGGCCAGAGUGGAUACGCAUGUUCUCAGCACCCGAAUUGCAGCGUCUUAUAUCAGGAGAUAAUGCGGAGAUUGACCUGGAUGACCUCAAGUGAGUAAAAAAAAAACUUGCAUUUUUGUUACUUCCUUAACCCCUUAAGGACCAAACUUCUGGAAUAAAAGGGAAUCAUGACAUGUCACACAUUAAGGGGUUAAGGACCAAACGCCUAUUAGUCAUAAUAAAAGGUUCUUUAAAGAUCCUUCUCAUGAAUGGAAUGAUGGAUUCAAUUAACAAAUUCAGAGCUGUAUGGAAUGACCAGCACAGAAGACAUUCAAUGCUGGCAUGAGUGAUGUCUUUAAAAAACAGCUUUCGUUGACAGUAAUGUGUAUAUAGUGGUCAUUAAAGAGUUAAGCAUAUGUUUAAUUGUUUAAAUUGUUAUUUAAACGAUAAAUUGGUAUUAGUGUUUAUAUUUAGAACUAUAAAAACACAUUAAAGCAGUCACCACUUGAAAUGACCUUUGAAUAUUAAGUAUUAACACAGAAGUGGUUUCUGGAUCGUGCAGUUAAACAUUUAUAGAGAGACAUCCACAUCUUGGUACAUUUCAGAAGGCUCAGCAACUGUGGCAUGUGCCUCUGCAUUAAUGUUUUGAUGCAGUAGACCGCACAAUCUGGGAAAACAUAUGUUUGCUAUGGCUAGGCUGCCAGCGGGAGAAACUGAUAAAUUAAGAUGCAUUACAUAACUCUUUACAUAAUCACCUAAAUCUUGCUUUUGUACUUGUAAUUAUUAGCAUAUUUACAUGUUUUGCGCAGAAAAAAUACUGCCUUCACUUGAAGAGAUGUAUGGGUGUUGCUAUUCGUGUAGUGCGGCAAAAUCAUAAAACUAGAGCAAUCACCAUGGAAACCAAUUAAAUCACCAGGGACAUUCUGUUAAUGUAUUUCACUUUUUCUAUUAGUUUGUUAAAUGCUUCUGAAAUUGCUGUAAUUUUGUGUACAUAAAUCAAAGUACUAAUUACUAUGCUUGAUGUGGGGUUUCAUAGUUUACUUCAAAUGACCCAUUUGUUUGACAGCAACAGAUUUAUCUCCUCUAUUGUUCGGUUUUUGAAAACUAAAACUACUUAUUUUGGUUUCAUGCUCCUUUUUUAUCAAUUCAGAACUCAUCCUUUAUCAUAUUUCUGGUUUGAGAAAACAGUUAAAUGACUGUUACUUGUAGGGGUCUUCCUAGACCCCAUGUCUGCUUGCAUGGUGGUGGAGAGGAUGCUGGGACAUGUACUUCCUGUAAUCUCUCCCUCCUUGCUCUUCAGUUUACAGUAAAAGCAUGACUAUACAUAAUGAAAACACAAUAUAUAAUGAAUGAAAUGUCUAAACUUUCUCUAAACAGGGGGGGGGGAGAGAAAAUAAGACCAAUGCAGUGCAUGCUGUUAUGCAUGAUCAACCUUACCAUAAUUGGUACAGUAAUAUAACAAUGGCAUCCAUGUAGAUAUCUUUACAUACCAAUGACUUUUUCCGUUGCAGAAAGCACACAGUAUAUUAUGGUGGGUUCCAUGGAAGUCACCGAGUCAUUGUCUGGCUGUGGGACAUCUUGGCCAAUGAUUUCUCCUCUGAUGAAAAAGCCAUGUUUCUUAAGGUAUGGUUGUCCAUAAAGCAGUAUACAUGCAGUCAACAACUGAAUAAGCCUGCUGGUCAACUUGGGACCAUUAGCAGGUGCAUAACUAACUAAAGACCCCAAAGAGUGACAUUGCCGCUGCAUGUGCGGUGGUCUGGGGUUCAGUAGAGAGUUAUACUUACCUGAUGUGGUAGCUCUGCCAUUUGUCAAAUUAUGUCAACUUGAGAAUUUACCAUGAGACAGAGUAAGCUCUACUUUGUCUUAUUGAAAUUUUUUGACUGUGUUGGAAUUUGAAUAAAAUUCCAGCACAGUCUGCAUGAUCAUUUCACAAACAUUUUAUCUCUAUGAAAUGUUCAAUUUUUUUGGGUGUGUGUGGCGGGCAGAGCCUCUUUAAGAUACUUAAAUUGCCAUGCCGCCACUUCCAUUGCUAAACUGUUAGGAUAGAAAUAUAUAGAAAAAGUGGAGCGCAAAAAUACUUAUACCGAUGACAGUCAUCUGUAUAAGUAUUUUUGCGCUCCACUUUUUCUAUAUAUUUCUAUCUUAAAUUGUUUUGUGCUGGGUUUUAACCCUUGGGUGUAAGGCACUAAAGUGUGUAGCGGCAUUAUAUGUAUAUAUAUAUAUAUAUAUAUAUAUAUAUUUAUUUUUUUUAAACAUAUCAAUGCUUUCAAUAAUUGUGGGAUACAAAAGUUGUUUUUUUUCCCCAUUUACUCUCUUUUGAAUGCCUAUUUAGCGCUCUUUUUGAUUUGUUUAAAUUUGCUAUAAACUGUUAGGAUGUUGCUACAAAAAUACAAAAUUAAGCCCUGCGCUCACACUCCCACUACUCGUGCACGGCGGUACACCUAUAGUACAUAUCAGCCCCAAUACAUAGAAGAAAAACAAACAAACACAAAAACAAUUGCCUGUUGUUGGUCACAAGUGGAGUUCCUCAGCAACUGCUGGAGAUGCUUCCAUUUUAAUGCUGUUGCUGAAUCAACAAGAGACAGUCACAUGCUGAUUAUGUUUUCUUUCAGCAGCUGUGUGCACUCUAAUGAGAUGAUAAACAAGCUAACACACAGUAAAUGUUAUACAGAGUAAAGGUCAGAAAUUCCAACAAUCUCAUUAUCGAUGUAUAUAAUCUGUUUGUUCUUUUCAUUUCAGUUUAUUACUAGUUGUUCUCGGCCUCCACUCCUGGGAUUUGCCUACCUCAAACCUCCUUUCUCAAUCCGCUGUGUAGAGGUGUCCGACGAUCAGGUGAUAUAUUCAUGAAUAACGUUUUUUUAGUUGUCAAUGUGUGGAUAUAUGUUUAAAGUUGUGGGCAUGUGUUAGAACCUUGUUCAAUUGCAUCAUUUAUUUUUUGUAGGACACGGGGGACACCCUGGGCAGUGUCCUGAGAGGAUUCUUCACCAUCAGAAAACGGGAGCCAGGAGGACGUCUCCCAACCUCGUCCACUUGUUUUAACCUUCUGAAGCUUCCCAAUUACAGCAAGAAGGGAAUCCUUCGGGAGAAGCUGCGUUAUGCUAUCAGCAUGAACACAGGCUUUGAGUUGUCUUAGCAUUUCUAAUGUGACUUCCUCUUUAAUUUCAUACAAUUUUUGGUGCCAGACGUUCCUGUGGCUCAUGGCUAAGCAUUGUGUUGGAAGGCCAUAAAAGCAAACAAUGUAAACUAAACAAAGUCACCACUUUUAAAUCUGCAGUUCCCCUGCACAUUUAUUGUAGGAUGUGAUUGCACCCCUAACUGCUGCUCUUCUAUUUUCAUCUGACACUUGAACACGGAGAAUUGCAACUGAAUAUAUAGUGUGGACAACCUAGGCUUUCGAAAUAAAGUUAAAGCAGGAAAGUGUGAAUAAUAAUCGUUUUAUGGCAUGAUUUAACCCAUGGAGGUGAUAAAACAUAGCAAAGCAAUUAUCUUUCACUAAACUAGAAGGUUUUUGUUUUUUUUAGAUAAACAUUUUUGAUUCCCAUCAAUAGAUACAAAGUGUCUCAUCAUAAUCAUCAGCCUGCAUAGGACCCUACUAAUGAUUUGGUCUCUGUCCUUGUCUACAAUGAUGUGUGACACUGAACAAGCAAACACUUAGUUAAACCUUAUGUUAACAUAGACAAUUCCAGCAUGUGUGAGCCAUGAGCUCAACUCUGCACAAUCUUGGCUUAGUUAAAAUGUUGGCUCAGCUUAACAGGGUAAGCAUACCCUCCCCUAGUCACAUGGUUCCACCUCUAGAGAACAAAAACACUACACACGCAGAUUCUGAUGCUGAUAGGAAAAUCAGUACAUUCAUUUUAAAGAGAGGUUAGAAUCGUCAUGUUUAUAUUUAUUUAACAGUAAUGAGCUAAACAAAAAGAUUGAAAUGAUCUGUAAGAAUGAAACCCCCUUAAACAAUGCAUCUUCCUUGUUGCUUUCUCAUUACCAUCCUCAUAGGGCAAUGAAUUAGGUCUAAAUAUAGAAAACUGUAGUUCCAUAAAAUACUAAAUAAAAUAAGACAUUCUAUGGAUUAUUCAAGUGAUUAUCAACCCUGAAAUUGCUUUAGUGGACAUCUAAAUAUGAUAAUGACUGAAAACCAUUAUGUCAAUGCUCAGAUAAAACAUUUCUCAUCGAGAAUAUUCUCUCUCUAUUUAUCAGUAUAUAAUAGGCAUUUGUACUUCUAAAAUAGUACUAGCAUAAUGAGUGUUAAAGAGCUGUAGAAGAACUGAUAAUUAGUGAUAUCCGAACGGUUCGCCGCGGACUCAUCAUUGAGUAAACUUUGACCCUGUACAUCACAGUCAGCAGACCACAUACCAGCCAAUCGGCAGCAGACCCUCCCUUCCAGAACCUCCCACCUCCUGGACAGCAUCCAUUGUGAAGCUGCAUUCUUAGUGAGCUGUCCAGGAGGUGGGAGGGUCUGCUGCUGAUUGGCUGGAAUGUGUCUGCUGACUGUGAGGUACAGGGUCAAAGUUUACUCAAUGACGAGUCCGCGGCGAACCGUUCGGGACAUCACUACUGAUAAUUAAUUGGAUUACAACAAAACUAAACACACAAUUUAAGUGUAGUCAGAUAAGCUUAUGUUUAAAACGUUCAGGGUCAUCUGCUAAACUUGGAAUUGUUGGAAAUUCCUAGUUUGGGCCAAAAUUUCCAAACUGGACAGCUCAACUAUUUUAGUCUAAAAUCUAUAAUCCGUUGGUGAAUAUUAAACUUUUUACAGUUGAAAAAGUUGAAUAACCCUGUCUAUUGAUCAGUCACAAUGCCCCCUGCUAAGAGUGUUGGUUUCUAUUACUGAUUUUUAGGAAUGCAUCUUACUAAAACAAGGAUUGUAUUUAAAGUGUUUGUGAUCCUACAUUAAUAAAAUAACUAUAUUGGAUUUAGCAAUAGGCAAUGGCCAAUUAGGAAAUAUUGUUCAGGACCUUAUACUGUGUUUGGAUGACCUCUGUGUGAUAUCAGCAAAUAUACCUUCAAAAAUAGUCACUCCCAAGAAGGUGUAUGGCUUUCCGAGUGCAAUAUCCAUGUAUUUAAAAAAGAAAGUUAUAAAUAGAAGAAUAUGGUACUGUAAACAUAUGUAAAUAAAUCCUAAUAUUUGUCUGAUCUUCUCUGUGUGACUUGUUUUAAAUGGCUUUCCUGAAUCUUAGCGCCCCUCUUUUGUUUACAAUCGUGCUAAAUACAGUAUCAUUUUAAUAACAGUGGCAAAGAUUCAUUGUAGUGCAUUGUAUCUGUUAUGACUGUAAUAAACUGCGGGUUUUUUUCUAUGC